UUGAAAGCUAUCUGGAGUACUCAAGUGUCUUACACCUAAUCCAACAUUAGGAGUAGGCUUUGAUAUAAAGUACCCACCUAGUGUAUAACAGUGUAUGCACAUUCAAAUUUCAAAAGGUGGGUACAGUACUUUACCAAAAAAAGGCAGUUUUUCAAGGACUUCUUCUGUUCGGGGGUAAUGACAACACAGAGAGAAAAUCUUUAGGUGUGCUCAGAGGAAGUUUUCAGAUUAACAGGAUGUGUGUUGUUAAGCUCCUGAGCCACCCAAAAAAACAGAUUGGUCAGGCAGUUGGAGUUCAGAGUAGAAGAGCAAUGCCAAAUGCAGCUGCCAUUGUAGGAUUUUGUUUGUGGGUAUUCAUUUUUAUGGUACAAGGCCUGAAUGGCGAUGAAGUUACAUAUGACGGUACUUCUCUCAUUAUCAAUGGUCAAAGAAAACUACUCAUUUCUGGAUCAAUUCACUACCCUCGGAGCACUCCCGAGAUGUGGCCUGGGCUGAUAGACACAGCAAAAGAGGGAGGAUUGGAUUGCAUUCAGACAUAUGUGUUCUGGAAUAUGCAUGAGCCAGAGCAGGGAAAGUUUAAUUUUGAUGGGAGGUUCGAUUUGGUUUCAUUUGUAAAGUUAAUACAUUCAAAAGGACUAUAUGUGAGUCUGAGAAUUGGGCCAUACAUUGAAUCAGAGUGGAAUUAUGGGGGAUUUCCCUACUGGCUUCAUGAUAUACCAGACAUAAUUUUUAGAACAGAUAAUGAGCCAUUCAAGCGUGAGAUGGAAAGAUUCACAACAAUGAUUGUAAACAUGAUGAAAGCAAAAAGCCUUUUUGCUUCCCAAGGAGGACCCAUUGUCAUCACCCAGAUAGAGAAUGAAUAUGGGAAUGUUGAACGUUCCUUUCCAGGGGGUCAUUCAUAUGUAGUUUGGGCAGCAAAUAUGGUAAUGGGACUAAACACCGGCGUUCCAUUAGUCAUGUGUAAACAACCUGAUGCACCAGAUCCAGUGAUAAAUACUUGCAAUGGUAUGUAUUGUGGAGAUACAUUUAUUGGUCCCAACUCGGAUAAGAAACCUAGGAUGUGGACAGAGGCUUGGACUGGUUGGUUUCAGGUGUUCGGAGGCUCAAUGCCUCACAGACCAGUAGAAGAUAUUGCAUAUGCUGUUGCAAGGUUCUUUGCGAAAAAUGGCACAUUUGUAAACUAUUAUAUGUAUCAUGGAGGGACAAACUUUGGAAGAUCAGGAGGGCCAUUUAUCACAACAAGCUAUGAUUAUGAUGCACCUAUAGAUGAGUAUGGCAUCCCCAGAGAACCUAAAUGGACACACCUUAAAAAUUUAAAUAUAGCAAUUAAGCUCUGUAGUGAUGCUGUACUAUAUGGAAGACCAGAAAUUCUCUCAUUGGGUCCUUCACAAGAGGCACAUGUUUAUAGUGGAGAAGCAGGACUUUGUGCAGCAUUUCUUUCCAACAGGGAUUCGAAAGCUGAUGUGAAGGUGAACUUCCAGAAUUUGACAUAUGAUCUUCCAGCAUGGUCAGUUAGUAUACUUGCUGAUUGCCAAAAUGUGGCAUUCAAUACUGCAAAAGUGAAUGCCCAGCCGUAUUCUCUUAAAUCAAAUACCCAGAUGAAGCUUGAAUCAUCUAAAUUAUUAAGUGAGAAAUUCAUGGAAGGGAUUGGUUGGAAAAUAUUUAAAGAGAACAUUGGAGGGUUUGAAGAUACUCAAUUUCAGAAUAAAGGUCUUUUGGAGCACAUUAGUACAACUAAGGACACAACAGACUAUCUUUGGUAUUUGAUUAGUGUUGAUGUCGAUGAAGAUGAGCCCUUUUUAAGGAGUAAUAUUUCACCGUUGCUUGCUAUUGGGUCUCAUGGUUAUGCUGUGCAUGUCUUCCUCAACAAUAAUUUUGUAGGAAGUGCAAAUGGAAAUAAAACAAGUCCAAGUUUCAAUGUUGAGAUACCCAUUUCUCUAAGCCCUGGGAAAAACGAUAUAGCUAUACUUAGUGUGAUGGUUGGAUUGCCGAAUUCGGGGGCGCAUUUUGAGCGAAAGAGUGCAGGAAUAAGCAAUGUAGCAAUCCAAGGGUUUAAAGAUGGCACUCAUGACUUGUCAGAAGAGUUAUGGACAUAUCAGAUUGGUUUAGUUGGAGAAAGGUUAAAUAUCUAUUGUAAUGAUGAUUCACAUGCAAUGAAUUGGACUUCACCAAUUUCUAAUCAGUCCUUGUUAUGGUAUAAGAUAAUAAUAGAUGCCCCAGAUGGAGAUGGACCUGUUUCUUUAGAUCUAAGUAGUAUGGGGAAAGGGCAAAUUUGGAUCAAUGGGGAAAAUAUUGGACGUUAUUGGGUUUCCUUCUUGGCUCCUCCAGGAGAUUGUACUAGAUGUGAUUAUCGAGGAAAUUAUAGCUUGCAUAAGUGUGCAACAAAUUGUGGACAACCCUCUCAAACAUUGUAUCAUAUUCCUCGAUCCUUGCUGCAACCCACUGGGAAUUUUUUAAUUUUAUUCGAGGAAAUAGGAGGUGAACCAUCAAAGGUAUCAAUACUGACAAGAUCCAACAGCAAUGUUUGUGCACAUGUCUCGGAGACUCAUCCACCAUCUAUCCAAUCUUCGGAAAGGAUGGAAAGUAAAACUAAGUCCCAGAUGCUACAUGAGGACGGAGAGCCAAGGCUUCAACUUGAGUGUCCUGCGGGCAAAAUAAUUUUCUCUAUCCAGUUUGCAAGCUUUGGGAAUCCUCAAGGAGUAUGUGGAGGAUUCAUCAAGGGGACAUGUCAUUUGGUGGAAACUGCAAAUGUAGUGGAAAAGGCAUGCAUAGGACAGAGUGGAUGUUCAAUUACUGUUUCAUCGGUGCAAUUUGGAGCAGAUCCUUGUAUUGGAAUUGUGAAGAGUCUAGCAGUUGAAGCAAUAUGCAACUGAAUACAAUUGGAAUCUUGCUCCAAGAUUUUCUAUUUUACCAAAGUUUAUGAUUUCAGUUAAUCUUGGCAGUUUGCUGGUUACACACAUACCCUUGUGCAUUCCGGUGGUGACAUAUCAAGCAAUUUAUUCUUUCAAGAUGCUGACUGUAGUAUAUUCUUUAUUAUUUUCACAGGCCAUUUUUUUCAAGACUUGGAAGACUGAUUGGAAAAAAAAUAAAGUCACAAAAUAAGACAAAGCAGAAGACUCUGCUACACCUUAGUACAACCAUUCCCCCUGAUCAAAUCUACAUGGAAUAUUAUUGGUAUUACAUUUCAAUGAUUUCAUUAAUAAAAUAGCUGGGGAUCAAAGCCCGGUGCAAUUUCUUUA